CUGAUAGACGGCACUGACUGGCAUCACUGCUGGGCACUGACUGGCGGCACUGACUGGCACAACCCCUGGGCACUGACUGGUGGCACUGACUGGCAGCACUGCUGGGCUGCACUGGUGGGUGUCACUGGUGGGCAGCACUGGUGGGUGGGCACAGGUGGGUGGCACUGGUGGGCACAGGUGGGUGGGCACAGGUGGGUGGCACUGCUGGGCACAGGUAGGUGGCACUUCUGGGCACAGGUGUGUGACACUGCAGAGUGGCACAGGUGGGUGCACUGCUGGGCACAGGUGGGUGCACUGCUGGGCACAGGUGGGUGUGCACUGCUGGGCACAGGUGGGCGGAGCUAGUGGGCGCACUGCUGGGCACAGGUGGGCGGAACUUGCGGGUGGCACUGCUGGGCACCGGUGGUAAAAGGCUGCUGUGAUUGGC